CACACUAAUGACUACCAGGAAACCAUCUCCUUCACUGGUCUGGCAGAAUCUGUUUUGAGUGAAUGCUCUCACAAAAUAUCUGAGGAACGAGACAACGCAGCACCAGGUCUGUCUGCAUCUGAUACAUCAUCAAGCCAUGUACACUGUGAGGAGCCUGGCCACCAGGCCAUGGAGGAUAAUGCGGUCAGCAGUUCAGUGGUCCAGUCUGCUGUGUACCAGAAAGAUCCGUCAGUCAGCGGCGUGGUCGACGUUGAGAACACUGUGCUGAUCCGUACUUCCAGGGCUCCGUCCGAGCAUGUGAUUAUAGUUCACUCCGAGUGUCUCCCUGAGACGCUCAUCUUCCACAGCAAAGCCUUGCCUUCAUCCAACGGAUCCCACACAACAUGUGACCUGUACCCUGCUCCUAGUCCUGUCCCUGGUGAUGAGGAAUGGGAGGAACCAGAGGGAGUGUCUAGUGUGGUCAUGUUUUAUAAGGUUCCCUUGUUUGAGGACCUGCCUCACCCACCGUCCAUGGGGGAACUCCCCUCUGUUGCUGCUGUGGAGACUGUGACUGAUGAGGAUAUAUCCUCAAGCAGUGACGCAUUUCCCUCGCAGGAGAAAAUGUCUGGCACUCAGUCUGUUCAGGUCUUUUUCUCAGCAGCCUCAGAGGUAGAAUCAUCUGGUCAGAUGAGAAAUUCAACAAGCAGCUUUGAGGAUCUGGCUGUGGACAAGAUAUCUGAUGUGAUUAUUCCUCGGAAGGCCCCUUCCUAUAAAGAGCUGCCUCAGUCAACAUCACCUAUGAAGCAAACUUCAGUUGUUUCCCCUGAAUGUUCGGGAAGUGAUAUUACUGCAAAAGCUGUAACAGAACUAGUUGAUGCAGCACAGAGAGUGUCCUCAGUCAGGAUACCCAGUAGAGAGGAGAGUGUGGGGAGAACAGCAGAGACACCAGAGAGACACACAUCUCCCAGAGUAUCACCAAGAGCUUCUCCACAAACUUCUCUUGUAUCAGCUCCUGUUGGUGAAUCCAGGCUGCCUAGGAUUCCCCCUGCACCAUCAAUGGACAGACACCCCGCUUCUCAAAGAGUUUCUCCACAAUCCAGUCAGUCAGGGAUUCCCCCUGCACCAUCAAUGGACAGACACCCCGUUUCUCAAAGAGUUUCUCCACAAUCCAGUCAGUCGGGGAUUCCCCCUGCACCAUCAAUGGAGGAACUACUGGUGUGUCCAUCUGCUUCUGUUGGUAGAAUUUCACCAGCAGUUUCAAGAUCUUCAAGAAGUAGUUUGUCGGAAAGAGCUUCUUCUGAAACAGUAGUAGGGAGAACAGCAGAGACACCAGAAAAACACACAUCUCCCAGAGUAUCUCCACAAGCAUCUUCUGCAAUGAUUGAUGAUCAGGUGACUAAUCCGGAGACAUCUGAAAGAUUACUGACAACCUCAACUCUGCAUUCAGAAGAUUUCAAGUUUGGUGAGAUGAUGUACUUUAAUCAACUCUUACAUUGAUUGAUUUGAUGGGGGUCUAUGUUGAUAUUAUAGUGUGUUUAUAGAUAUUGGAAUGAACCAUGGCUUAAGCCUUACAAUUGAUAUUAUUGUUAUAAGCAUGCAUUUCCUUUCACAACUUGACCAAUGGAAUUACACAAACUGAGGAGAGACAAGCUUCACAUGGAACUACACAAACUGAAGUUUCAGCAUUCCAUGGAACUGCACAAACUGAACUUUCAGCAUUGCAUAGAACUACACAAACUGAGAAGAGACCAGCAACCCACAGAACUACACAAACUGAAGUUUCAGCAUUCCAUGGAACUGCACAAACUGAUGAAAGACUAGCAUUGCAUGGAUCUACACAAACUGAAGAGGGACCAGCGUCCUCCCGAACGUUACCCUCAGCCUCUCCUCUGCCUGGUAAUUUUGGAUAUGGAAAAAUUACUCAGCUCGUUAUCUAUUCUAUUCUUUGUACUAUAAUCUGAUAUGAUCAAAUUCCAUUUAUCUGUUGGGGUACAUAUACAUAUAAAAAACAUGAGCUGGCACACACCCAGAGAAAAUUAUUUUAUGUGGAGGUGCUGACUAACGGCGAACAUAACAUGUUUUAGGAUUCUGAUGUUCCAUGGCAGCACCGCCUUGUA